AUGAGGGUCAACAAACAAACCAUUAUCAAAUUUAGCAUUGGCAAGUACCAAGAUAAGAUUUUGUGUGAUGUGGUACCCAUUCAAGCUUGCCACCUAUUUCUUGGAAGACCUUGGAAAUUUGAUGUUGAUGCCCAACAUAGUGGGAGAACUAACAAGUACUCAUUUGUGGUCAAGGGAAAGAAGUACAUUCUUAACCCACUAACCCUUUACCAAGUGAGUGAGGAUUAUAUAGUGAUGAGGGAGCUUCGGGAGAAGUAUCAAAAGGAAGAGAAUGAGAAGAGUGAGAGGGAGACUUUGUUGGUCAUAAGUGGAGAGGGGACAUCUCAAGAUGGUUCCAAGAAAUGUUUGUUGGCCAAACCAAGUAAUUGCUUAAAGGGGGUUGAUGAGAGACACUUUAUGGUGUGUCUUGUCAACAAGGACGUUCUCUUAAAUUCUAACCAAGCUACUAGCACUUUGCCUAGUAGUAUGUCUUCUCUUUUGCAAGAAUAUGAAGCAUUGUUCUCAGAAGAAAGGCCCGAUGGCUUACCUCCCUUGAGAGCUCUGUAUUGA